GGACAGAGAGUGGGCGUUAUUCUCGGCGCCUCCUGCUCGACGCUCCACGGUUCAGCGCGCGCGGUUUCGCAUCAGAGCGAGGCGGAGACUCGCCGUUCGGCUCCUCAUCGCCGCCGCCCGCAGCUCUUCCGUCCGGUUCCUCCCACUGCAAGGCGGGCGGGCGGACGUGUCGUGUCGUGUCGUGUCGCCCCCCCCACCCGGCUGGGCUCGAGUCCCGGCCGAACGAACGACGUGUCGGAGUGUGUCGGAGCCCGAAGCGAAGCGCUGCGCGACGAGUUGGACGGGAGUGGAGGAGCGAGAGGGGCUCGAGUGUCCAGAGAGGCGCAGGAGAACAUGCAGGGGGCGAUCGUGCGGCUGUGCGUGGUGGUGGCUGCCGCCAUCAUCAACCACCCCCUGCUGUUCCCCAAGGACAACAGCAGCGUCGAGGAGCAGGACAGCGAGUUGCUGGCGCGCAUGAGGGAGCACGAGGAGAAGCUGCAGGAGGAGCGACGGCAGCUGGAGGCGGAGCUGGAGGCGCAGCCCGAACCCCCAAGGGAGGAGACGAGCUACGGCUGGUACCUGUGGAGCGCGCUCUCCCUCGUCGCCUUCCUCACCAUCGAGAUGUGCAGGCUGGAGUUCGGCGACCCCGACGCUCGCGCCCUCGACCGCGAGGAGCGGGACGCGCCGUGCGGCACGGCGCUCUUCCCGCACGAAGGGCCGCUGGCCGCCUUCUACGAGAGGUGUGUGCGCGUGUCGGCGCACGAGAGCCGCAGAGUGCAGGAGUUCGUGGAGGGCUUCGCGGACGACCUGCUGGAGGCGUGGCGCAGCGUGUGCGACCGCGACGCCGACAUGGAGGUGGGCGACUGCGUCGGUGUGGGCAGCAUGCACGAGGGCUGGAGGGCGAGCAGGCCCCUCGUGUGUGACCUCGUUGUGCCGUUUGCGCCGCCGGAGCCCUUCCGCUUUGCCUUCGAGCUGUGGUGCGCCGGCGCCAGGCUCCCGCCCGACAUGCAGGGCUGCGGACGCAUCGAGGUGGUGCGCGCGGCCGAGGACGGCGCCGGCUGCCUCUGCGGGUCGGCCGAGCUUGGCGAGGACAUGCUGUGUCUGCUGCACGGCAGGAGCGAGAGGCCCCUGGUCCAGGAGCUCUCCGGCGACCUGCUCUGCUCCAAAGACACGGCCUACUUGGCCACAGACCAGGUGAUGAAGUGGUUCCAGAUCUCCAUCACCAAGGCGUGGGCGCGCAUCUCCCACAAGUAUGACUUUGACCUCACCUUCCGCAACCUGGACUCCCCCGGGGCGCUCAAGGUGCGGCUGCGGUCCGGCAAGGUGGUGGUGCUCAACAUCACGCCGGUCGUGCAGCUGGAGGACACGGACGCCUACUUCGUCUCUCAGCUCCCCUCGGAGAGCCAGAGCCGCUGCGACACCUGCUGGCCGCUCUCCUUCGCCGUUUACGAGAAGAACCUGCUGAAAUACUUGGCCAAAGAGCUACCGGAGAAUUCCUGCCACCUCCAGUGCCUCCAGAUAGCAUGCUUCCUGCACAAGAAGCAGACCGACUUGACGGGGAGGAGUGCUUUAACCACGUACCACCUGAAGACGGCGCUGCUGCACCUGCUGCUGGCCCGGCACCGGGUCGACUGGGCCCCGACGAGCCUGGCAGCGCGGCUGCGGGACCUGCUCUGUUUCCUGGAGAGCAGCCUGCAGGAGAAGCGGUUGUACCACGUGCUCGUGGGCAACCCGCAGGUGCCCCGGGGCUUCCCUCUGCCCGCCGUCUUCCGCUUGGCAGAGCCCAUCAAUCUGCUGCGCCCCCUGGUGCUGCAGAGGCGCAACUACGCCAGCAUGGUGGAGCACUUCCGGGAGAUGCUGAGGAACGCGCCUGUCCUCGUAGAGGAAUACGCGGCGCAGCUGAACAGCGCAGGGCUCAGCUGAGGCCUCCAGACCUGCGGGUGGGCAGUGUGCCAUUUACUGUGCUUCUUACCCUGAUUUCACCGCUCUGCAGUUCCCAGGGAUUCUUCAAAGGUGGAAAACUUUGCAGCGUGAACUUUUCUUGAAGCGCUUCCCACACGAAGGCAACCCAAGGCCUGCGGCGACACCACUGCAUUUCAGCGCAUUUCGUAGCUGUGGCUGCACGUUUCCGACGAGGUCGAGGGGAGGGAGACGCGAGAGUCACCUGUCAGCGUGAGCUCUAGAGAGAGAGAGCGAGCCUCAAUUUGGAAAUAUUUAUACCUGUAGAAAUGCGUUAGUAUGAAAGACAAGUCAGAGUCAACAAUAACAGCAAGAGUUUUGUAUUUUGCAUCUUUAACUAUUGUAUGGAAGGAAGGAAUUGAAGCUUCAUGUAU